GUAGCGUGUUAGGGCAGGGCGGAGCUGGCGGCCCGUUCAGGUGAGGGUUGUGAGGAUCUGUAGGGGUGCUAGUGAAUGGUGGGUGAGCGUGGGGUAGAUUAGAAAGUGGGGUGUCAUGGAAGUGAGUGGUUGGGGUCCCCGUAUGAUUACGGAUUGGGCAUCCCCUGGGUUCAGUUCUGUGAGAACCGGUGAUCGGGGCACUGUUAAGGUGAGUGGAUGGGCAACUGAAGGAGGGAGGGCUUGGAAUUCUGUAGGGGUCCUUUGGGACUCAGUGUUUAGGAUUUCACUGACUCCAUUCCUAGUCAAUGAACAGACUCUGCUGAGAUUACUGGCUGGGAGUGUAGGGGAGCCAGUGACGGGUUUCUCGGCGUUAGUGUUUAGAAGCCUGUGGGAAUCAGUGAUGAGGGGCGGUGCCGUCAUAAUCAGUCAAGGGACCUAUAGGAAUGACCAUGCGGGGUGCUUGGGGCUGAGCGAGGGGGAGCCUGGAAUGAUCAGGAAUAAAGGGUCCUAAGGGUAUCUGAUUGGGGGCAGGGCUGUGGAGAGACUUUGGAUUUCAUUGAUUGAUGCACUUCUGUGCGUUGGUUUUGUCACUUGGGGGUUGGUGAUUGGGGGCUUUGUAGAGCAGUCACUGGAGACGUACCAUAUGUGUAAUUGAAGGUCCUGGAGGGGCAGCCUGUGGAAUCAAUAAUGAGGGUCCUAGUGGGAUGAUGGGCUAGUGGGAUAAGUGGGAGUGGGGCUUAUGGGGCUCAGUGGUUGUGCGGUCUGAAAUUUGUGAGGUCCCUGUUGUGUUCAGUGAAAUGGGGGCUGGAGAACUCUCAGGUGGGUGGGUGGGGAACUGGGAGCCUUGUGAAUGCUAAAGGUUGGUCCGUGGGGUGGGGUGGCUGGGGGUUCAGUCAUUCAAGGUCUGUUGGACCUCGUGUGUGAUUGAGGCCAUCUUUGGUGAUUAUUGGCCUGUGUGGUUGUGUUUGUGGGUGUGGGUAGUCUCAAUGAGUGCUGACCAUGCAUUGGCUCAGGCAAGACUCUCACAGAGUAACUUCUGUUAAAUGACCAUAUUCUCUGUUGUUCUUUGGUCUUUCUCACCCAACACAUCACUUUGUUGGUCAGUGACGGCUCCUUUUACUGAAAUAUUUCCUCACUUAAACGUUCUCAGCUGGUUCAGCCUCAUUGCCCUCCUCUAUCCCCGAACCGCCUUCAGCUCUCUCUAGCUCCAGCCGUUUGAGUGUGGUGCUCCCUGAUGGGCAUGCUCUUCCCACAGGCGUCCACAGUGGGUUCCAUCCUCUGUUCAGGACUCAGCUAAAAGUCAUUUCCAGGAUGCCUUUUCUGGCCGUGGGAAGGAGCACCCUCCACCCACCGCUUCCUCUGUCACAUUUAAAAUUUCCUGUGAGCACUCUUUUAGUCUGACGUUACUUUAUUUACUUGUUUUCCAUCUUAGAAUGCAUUUCUUAGAGGACAGGGACCCUGUCUGUCUUGGGACCUUAAGUCGUCUCUCCCAUGUGUUCAGAACAGGGCCUGGUUGUGAGAGGCAUUCAGCAAACUGCUGCUCUCCCCGCCCGUAAACAAGACUGUGCAUGUGUGUGUGUACAUGAGAGUGCUGAAUGUACAUGUGCGUGUGAGGGCGGGGUGCAGGAGUAUGUCAGGAUCCUGAAGGAGGAAACGAGAGUGGCAGUUUGGGAGGUUAGUAUAGUCGGCACAUUCCCUUUUCCAGAGGUGAGAGAAGAUCCGUGCAUCAACCCCAAAGGGGUCCAAGCUAAACAGAAGCUCCUGGGGCAGGUGGGCCUUUGAUCUCAGGGACCCCAGGUUCGGAUGGCAACAACUCUCUUUUUUCACUCAGGGCUUCCCAGACUGUUGAGACCCCUAACUGUGUCCAGGAGAACUCCCUGGGCAUCUUGGAAAGGGGCAUUUCACCUUUGAAUGUUGCUCUCUGCUCUCCUAGAACCUUUUCUCAGAGAUUUGCCCUCCAGCCCUACACUCUUCACACUGGACUAAACAGAGUCCAGUUUCCCUGGGGGGAUCUGACUUUUAUGUGUAUAUACGCCACAAGUGGGCAAAACCCCUGUCAUUCUUCUCCCUUCCCACUUUUCGGAAUUUUUCCUGCUCUGGAUGCCCUUGCUCUGCCCUCUACCACUGUUUUGGGUCAAUAUUCAAAAUCCAGCCUGUCUUUCGAUUCUUUCUUGACUGCCCCACAAGAUCCUCCUUACAUUGUUGUUGUGGGAACCUGUCUCCACUUACUGGCCCAAGUCGUCCCUCCGUUCUCUUCAUCAUAAAGUGGGAGACUUUCAAGGCCCUCAGGAGAUGAUGGCAGAAGCUGAUGUACAGGGUCAGGUCAAGGCUAAGAUGUGUUCAGAUGUUUCUUUUCUCCUGCCUGCUCACUGUCUGCACAGGGCACGGGCUUUGCUGACCAAGCAGCAUGUGGUGAUGAGAGCAGCUUUGUCUCGUCUGUUUCCAGCCCUUGGCCCAACUUGGGGUACUAUAUUAUCUCUUUGUUCCGUUUAUUUGCUGGAAAAGUGCCCACUGACCAGUCCACCGUGUCCAGUCUUCUUAAGUAGCCUGUCAGCCUGUGGAGACCAAGCUGGGAGCACCGGGAGCUUAGGUGCUCAGCAAAUACCCUAGACCACAGGUAGAGACCACAGUUGCCAGACAGACCUCUCUUGGCAGGGCUGCUGCGAAAGGUGGGAUUUGUCCCUCUUGUCCCCAAGUUUACUGGGUACUGUGAUUUUUGAACAUUUCCUUUUAGGUGUAUUAGGAAGGAAAUUACAUCUCUUUGUGAUCUCAUGCUGUGGAGUCCCCGGCGCUGAUCUUGUAUCUGGUUGAAUGUAAGUGACCUGGUCCAUGAGCAGUGAAGGAAUUCAAAGUGGCAUGGCUCUGAGGAACAAGAUAACUCAUGUGAGAUAAAAAAAGAAGAGGCCUCAGGACUAGGGGUGCAUUCUCAGUGUACAGACAUUUGACCAGAGGCCUCUCUCCAGAGCAUCAGAACAGAGCAGAUUUUCCAAGCAGCUGAAAAUGAUCAAGUCACAGAUCUCAUUUGAUGAUGUGGCUGUGGACUUCACGUUGGAGGAGUGGCGGCUACUUAAUCCUACGCAGAAGAACUUGUACAGAGACGUGAUGCUGGAGAACUAUAGCAACCUAGUGUUCUUGGGUUAUCAAAUUAUCAAGCCUCAUGGGAUUUUCAAGCUGGAGCAGGAAGAGCCAUGGAUAAUAGAUGAAGUUCUAAGUCAGAACUUUUCAGAAGAAGUCUGGCUAGAUAACAAUCUCAAAAUGUGGCACCAGGAUAAUCAAGACGAGCUUAGAAGUAUGGAGAGAGGCGAUGAAUGUGAUGUUUUUAGGAAAAUACUUCAUUCAAGCAUUAACUUUGUUCAUUUAGCAAUGAGACCCCAUAAAUGUGGCACAGGUGAAAAACAUUUGAAACAUCGUUUUGAGUUUCUUAUUUCAAAAAAUAACCUUGGAGGAAAGAAGCUUGAUGAGCUCAGUAAGAAAUUUUUAUUCUACAUCAAACCUGAUAGAACCCAUGGUGGAAUAAAAUACUGUGAUUGCAAUACAUGUAGAAAGGCCAGCAGUAGAGAGUCGUGGCUCAUUGCAGACCAUAUUACACAUACUGGAGUCUAUUUAUGCAUGGAGUGUGGCAGAGUUUUUAAUAAGAAGUCACAGCUCAUAAUACAUCAGAGGACUCAUACAGGAGAGAAGCCCUAUGGAUGCAGUGAAUGUGGAAAAGCCUUCUCACAGAAGUCAUUGCUCACUAUUCAUCAAAGGACUCACUCGGGAGAAAAACCAUAUGGGUGUGGUGAGUGUCAGAAGGCUUUCAGUAGGAAGUCAUUACUCAUUUUACAUCAGAGAACUCAUACGGGAGAGAAGCCCUACGGAUGCAGCGAAUGUGGAAAAGCUUUCAGCAGGAAGUCACAGCUUAAAAGACAUCAGAGGACGCAUACUGUCGAGAAACCAUAUGGCUGCAGUGACUGUGGGAAAGCUUUCUCCCAGAAAUUAAAGCUCAUUACACAUCAGAGAACACAUACAGGAGAGAAACCCUAUAAAUGUGGUGAUUGUGGGAAAGCCUUCUUUUGGAAGUCCCAGCUCAUCACUCAUCAGAGGACUCAUACGGGGAAGAAACCGUAUGCAUGUAAUGAGUGUACCAAAGCCUUCAGCAGGAACUCACUCCUCAUUAGGCAUCAGAGGAUCCACACAGGAGAGAAACCCUACGAAUGCAAGGAGUGUGGCGAAGCCUUUGUCCGAAAACCACAGCUCAUGAAGCAUCAAGUAACUCAUACAGGAGAGAAGAACUAUCAGUGCGGUGACUGUGAAGAAGCAUUCUUUAAGAAGUCAGAGCUAAUCAGACAUCAAAAAACCCAUUUAGGGGAGAAACCCUAUGGAUGUGUUGAAUGUGGAAAAACCUUCUUUGGGAAGUCACAGCUCCUGACGCAUCAGAGAACUCACACUGGAGAGAAGCCUUAUGAGUGCAGUGAGUGUGGGAGAGCCUUCACCCAGAAGUCAAGCCUGAUAUCACAUCAGAGGACGCACACAGGAGAGAAGCCCUAUGAGUGCGGGGACUGUGGGAAAACCUUCAGCGAGAAGUCAAGCCUCGUUCAUCAUCAGAGAACCCAUACUGGAGAAAAACCCUUUGAAUGUAGCGAGUGCAGGAAGGCUUUUGCCUGGAAGCCACAGCUUCUAAGGCACCAGAGAAUUCAUACAGGGGAGAAACCUUACGAGUGCAGUGAAUGUGGGAAAGCCUUUGUUCAGAAAGUGCAGCUCAUUAAGCAUCAAAGAAAUCACACAGGAGAGAAAACCUAUGGGUGCAGUGAGUGUGCGAAAGCUUUCUUUGAGAAGGCACAGCUCAUUAUACAUCAGAGAAUUCACACAGGAGAAAGACCCUAUAAAUGUAGUGAAUGUGGGAAGUCUUUCACUAGAAAGUCACACCUUAUGAGGCAUCAGAGAAUUCACACAGGAGAUAAAUACUAUGGAUGCAGUGAGUGUGGGACUGCCUUCAGCAGGAAGUCACAGCUCAUGGCUCAUCAGAGGACUCAUGUAAUCUAGAAACCGCACGAGUGCUGUGAAUAUGGGAAAUCUGUCAGACUGAUGGGGAAAUCCUGUCAGUACACUGAGAAUGCAGGUCCCACCCAGCAGAGUUCAGAAAGGAGGGAGGUAUUUUUACGUAGACGGCGUAAGAGCCUUCUCCUGAAACACACAGCUUGUUACACGUUAAUGACUUGUUGGUGUGGAAGUCUUGUCAGUAUCCUAGUAGGGCAGAACCUGGUAGCAGGAGUGACAGCUUCUCAUCAGAGGACCUAAACACGAGGAGAAACUCAGUCGUUGUAAAAAUUGAGCGGGGGGGUUCGUCAAGAAAGGAUAGUUCGUGGUACACUAGAGAAGACGUAUGC